AUGGUGAGAUCAGGGGAAGUUAACUAUCUACUGUACUUUAGAGCUCCUUUCAGUCAAUUUAUGGUGGAUAUGUAUGGCAAAAUUGAAAGUCAACAGUUAAAAUACAUAAAAAUGAACCAAGAAAAACUUAAAGCUGAAAACUACAUACAUCUAAAAGAUGCUGUUGGCAGACAAGAUGUUGAAGCUAAUCAGGUCAAGUUGUUGUUCUUCCAUCUUCAUCUACUGGUGGUACUAGACAAGAUAGAUCAAACUAUUUCCGCAGAAAUACCAGAUCUCCAUAAAGACUCUAUUCUUUAUGAAAUCAUCAAGUCCAAUAUGAUACACGGUCUUUGUGGAAACAUUGAUUUGAAGUCUUCUUGCAUGAAAGAUGGUGUAUGCAGCAAACGAUACCCAUGA